AUGAACUUAUCGAGAAACAUUCCGAGGCUCGUUGGCAAGGUUGCUAUCGUCACUGGCGGUGGCUCUGGCUAUGGAGAGGGCAUCGCCAAGAGAUUCGCCCAAGAAGGAGCCAAAGUUCUGAUUACCGACCUAAACAAGCGGGGUGGAGAGAGAGUGGUAGAGACCGACCAUGACUCUAUUUCUUUCUUGAAAGCAGAUGUUGGACUUCAAGAAGACUGGAGAAAGGUUAUUGAGACUGCUAAAUCUCGAUACGGGCGGCUCGAUUGUCUCGUGAACAAUGCUGGCGUCACAUAUCACAACAAGCCCACAUCUUCUGUGACCGAAGAGGACUUUGAUAGGUGUUUCCGAGUCAACGUCAAGGGCGUAUUCUUUGGCUCACAGGCCUUUCUUCCGGAGCUGAUCAAACAAGGCGAAGGUGGGACUAUGAUUAACGUGGCGUCAGUUGGUGCUACGAGACCCCGGCCAGGCCUCGUCUGGUAUAAUGCUUCCAAAGGUGCAAUCUGGAACGCAACUAAGGGCUUGGCUGCGGAAUAUGGCGCACACAAUAUCCGCAUCAACUCGGUCUGUACCCUUCUUGGCGGAACUGGCUUAUUCAUCGCCAAUGUACCAUUACAGCGGCUUUGCAAGCCAGAGGAUGUUGCUGGCGCUUGCUUGUUCCUUGCGUCGGACGACGGCAAAUUUAUUACUGGUAUCAAUAUGGAGGUUGAUGGAGGCAGAGCCAUCUGA